AUUACUCAACAAGAGAUUCCUACUGUGAUACCUAUAAAGAUAUGGAAUAUCAAGUAAAUGAGAAACAACCUACAGUGGAUAUCUUUCAAUUAGCAAAUAUGUCACAGCCAGUAGAUAUUGACUACAAAGAACUGAAUGUUUCCUAUGCGCAUUUUAAAUCAAAAAAGCAUUUUUUAAAUUUUGCCACACACUGCAAACAAAAUUUGCAAGACAUCUCCAAAAUAAACAUAAUGCAGAAGAUAGUGUUAAGCAAUUUCUCUCAUUAGAAACCGGAAGCAAUUUGAGAGCUAAACUCAUCAAGGCGAUACGCACAGAGGGUGAUUUGAUGUACAACACAAACAGUAAAUAUAAUACACAUAAUAGUCUCAUUGUUGUGAGGAGACCUAUGUUGAACAGAAAUAGAACUGCCUCACAUUACAAACCUUGUGGAAAAUGUGGUGGAAUGUAUUGAACAUUGUCACUCUCUUCUCAUUAUAGACGUUGUGAAUUGAACAAAUUGAAAGGAUCCAAAGACGUUCUCAUAAAUAGUAAGAAGAAGAGUAUACUAGCUACUACAGCUUGUCCAGUAUUGAGAAAUGAAAUUUUACCAGUCAUCCUUGAUAAUGAAAUAACAAAGGCAAUUGUAUCUGAUGAUCUAAUAAUUGCAUUCAGAAACCGAAUGUGUCAAAAAUAUAGAUCACCUCACCUUACCCAUAAAAUGAUCAGGAAAAUAUAAAUUAGCAUCUACUGCCUUUGCUAUUAGAAGUUACCUUAAAAAAAUUUCUUUUUACUUGUUGUCCGAGUUAAUAAAAAAUAAAAAUAAAGAGAAGCAGAAUGAUGUGAAAGACUUUUUGCAACUUCUACAGGAAGAUAAUUGAACUACCUAGUUCAGAUGAUAUACUAUUGUUGAGAAAUUACUUGAAUAGAAAAAGAAACUUUUAUAUGCAAUGUUUAAAAAAAGAAUAUUCAUACAACAAUUGGAAGGGUUUAAUGAGUGUUAUAUUGAUAUCCCUUCAGCUUUUCAACAGACGAAGAGCAGGAGAAAUGGAUAGGGCGAAAAUAGAAGAUUAUUUGAAGUACGAACGACUAAAAGAUGAUUACGAAAUGUUAGGAUGUAUGUCUGCAGAGGAGAAAAAGAGACAAAAGGGUUAUAUACGAUUUCUCAGCAGAGGUAAACGUUGUAGGGGGGUACCAGUAAUGGUGAACAGAGAGAAAUUUGAAGGUAUACAAAUGAUAUUAAAAUUUAGGAAGCAAACAAAUAUAUCUGAAAGAAAUCCAUAUUUAUUUGGUUUACCUGGAAAAGAUGAUUUCAAUCAUCUUCUUGCAACUCGACUAUUGAACCAAUAUUCCAAGCUGUGUGGUGCCAAGAAACCUCACACCUUAUGUGGGACUGAACUGCGUAAGCAUAUUGCUACAAAAUGUGGCACAAUGAAUUUGGGAGGUGUCGAAUUAAAAGACGUUGCUGAUUACCUAGGGCAUAAUGAAAACAUUCAUCUGGAUCAUUAUAGAUCUAGCGCUACAAAAGAUAUAGUAAGGAUGUCAAAUAUACUUGAAUGUGCACAAGGAAGUAUCAAUGAAUCAUUAGAUGAAAUUGGGGAGAGAUAUUCUAUUUCUGAAAACAGUUGUAAUGGUAUAUUCGAGGAAUCCAAAAAUGAAGAUAAUUUCAAUAUUCCAACUUCAGAUUUGUGCCAUGAUGUAAUAUCAAGUAAUGACAUUUUGAGUAGAAGAAGUGCCACACAACUAAAAGCAUAUGUAGCCAACUGCAUAGAAAAAAGGAAACAAUCUUUAAAAUCAGAUCAGCAUACAAAAGUUCAAAGAAAACAUUGGGGAAGUGCUGAACGAAAUGCAGUAUUGACCUUAUUUCAAGAUGAAAUGAAAAAUAAAAAACUACCUUCACUCAAAAGGUGUGAAGAAGUGUUGAAAGAAAAUUCUAUUUUUGAAGGAAGAACACCGAUAAUGCUGAAGGCAUUUUUCAAUAACACUAAGAAAAAAAAGCAUGACAAAUAA